AUGUUUAGAAAUACCCUUUUCACAAUUUUCUUGCUCAUCGUUAGUGGAUUCGUCUACUUUGCUGAAGCUGAGAUCCCACCAGCACCGUCUGCGCUUCAGAAGACUACUUGCAAAUCCUAUGAUUACGAAGUUGCGGAGCCAAUCCCUGCCAACGUCACGAUAACUCCUUCUACACGGCCAACUGCCUCUGCAACUGCUGCUCCUGAUGCAGGAAAUCAUGGGACGAAAAUAAUGGCUUUUGGCGGAUCAUUUGCGUUGAUGCUUUGUUCAAUUAGUUACUUCGUUUUGUAA